UCUGGCAGAGCCGCAGGCACCGAGUCACCAAGCUCGGUAGCGGGCACCGAGUCACCUGACACGACAGCGGGCACUGAGUCAUCUGGCUCGACAGCGGGCACUGAGUCAUCUGGCACGACAGCGGGCACCGAGCCAUCUAGCAGAACAGCAGGCACUGAUUCAUCUAGCAGAGCCGCGGGCACCAAGUCACCAAGCUCAACAGUGGGCACAGAGUCAUCUGGCACGACAGCGGGCACCGAGUCAUCUGGCACGACAGCGGGCACCGAGUCAUCUGGCCGGACCACGGGCACUGAGGCACCAGGAAGGACCACGGGCACCGAGGCACCAGGCCAGACUCGGGCACCGAGGCACCAGGCCAGACCAGGGUGGAUCGGGUCAUCAGGCUGGGUAGCGUACACUGGGUCAUCAGGC